AUAAACAAACACCUCGAUGGAAGAUUCGCUUUUGAGGUUUUCUUGUACGAAUGCUUGAUUAUGACAGAUGAGUUACUGGUCCCCAAUUUUCAACCUCUGAUCAACGGGACUCAUAGUUCGCCAAAAAGGACGCAUCUUUUUACCUUCCCUUCUUCUGUUUCCACUUUUGUUCUUUCAGGGAAAAGGAUCCACCAAACAGAUCAAUCAUUAAAUACAAUUCUCAUUAACUAUCUCAAAUUAAUUUUAGUCUCUUCUCUUGUCUCGGUACUGGUUGAGAAAGCAACAAAAGAUAGAGAUGCUGCCUAGUCCGUUGCAGAGCUCUCAUCCAUGGAUUUUAUCAGCUCGAGUCCCGAAACUGAAUUAUCUACCUCCUCCUUCGGCAAAGAGGAAAUCAAUGCGGAGCCAAUUUUGGUGGAUCAAGGCUUCAGCUUUACAAGAACGUAAUUUCAGAGUUCAAUUUGCUGGGAAUUGGAAAGUCUCUUCUCAGAGGCUGGAGAAUAAGUUGAAUUGUGUUGCUUGCAUGGAUAUUUCAGAUGAUUCAAACCCCAAGUUUUUUAGAAUGAGGGAAAACAGUAUUUCUCAGGAUUACAAAGUUAGACCCAUGAUUGGAACUAUUUCGGCAUAUUGCAUAUUUAGAUUUCUGCAUUUAAAUUUUGCAAAUACAAUGAUAAAGAUGGUUCAAGAUUCAUAUCCCUCUUCAGUUUUGAAUUUUGGAGCUACCUGCUCACCUUUUGCUUGUAUAUCUAAUUCCUUAAAUAAGCCCACACCUCUUGGGUUGGAUGUGUCCUUCCCUUCAUUUCAAGAUCUUCAGUGGACUCUAGCACGUUUACUCUAUUUAUUCAACCUCCAACUUGAAAGAAAUGUGGCAACGUUCUUUAUCGUGCUCCUUGUGGCUUGCAUCUCAUUUGUUGUGAUUGGUGGUUUCCUAUUUUUCAAGUUUAGAGGUAGUACACAAUCUCUGGAGGAUUGCUUUUGGGAAGCUUGGGCAUGUUUCUGUUCAUCAUCUACUCAUCUAAGGCAAAGAACACGUGUUGAACGCGUUAUAGGCUUUCUUCUUGCCAUAUGGGGCAUAUUGUUUUACUCUCGGCUGUUAAGCACAAUGACAGAGGAGUUCAGGAAUAACAUGCAAAGGCUGCGGGAAGGUGCUCAAAUGCAAGUUCACGAGACAGAUCAUAUCAUUAUUUGUGGUGUAAACAGUAAAUUGACUUCCAUACUAAAUCAGCUAAAUAAGUAUCAUGAAUUUGCUGUCCGCUUAGGUACUGCUACAGCUAGGAGGCAGAGAAUUCUUCUUAUGUCGGAUCUUCCAAGGAAGCAGAUAGACAAGCUAGCUGACAAUUUUGCCAAGGAUCUUAACCAUAUUGAUGUCCUCACUAAGAGUUGCAGCCUUAGUCUAACAAAAUCAUUUGAAAGAGCUGCAGCUGACAAGGCACGUGCAAUAAUUAUAUUGCCAGCAACAAAGGGGGAUCGGUAUGAAGUUGAUAUCAAUGCAUUUCUAUCUGUGCUAGCUCUUCAACCUAUUAGAAAGAUGGAAUCUGUCCCUACCAUUGUUGAGGUCUCAAACUCCAUUAUGUGUGAGCUCUUAAAGUCAAUUUCAGGAGUGAAAGUAGAGCCCAUGGAAAAUGUUACUUCCAAGUUAUUUGUUCAGUGCUCCCGUCAACAGGGGCUGAUAAAAAUCUACAGACAUUUGCUUAAUUAUCAAAAGAAUGUAUUUAAUCUUUGCCGUUUCCCUGAUCUGGCAGGAAUAAGAUAUAGGCAACUGAGACGUGGAGUUCAAAAGGUAGUUGUUUGCGGUCUUUACCGGAAUGGCAAGAUAUAUUUCCACCCAAAUGACGAUGAAAUCCUGCAGCAAAAUGACAAAAUUUUGUUCAUUGGACCUGUUCAUGGGAGAAGGAGACCAGAAAUUGUAUAUUCUAGCGUUUUCAGAGAAGGAAUUUCUUCUUUACCAGAUCCUAAAGUUGAAAAAGAUACUGAAGAUAAAAAUCAUGCAAUAGAAUUAAUAAAAGCACGGCUUCAAAAUAUUGUAAAACGUCCCAAAAAAUCUGGUUCAAAGACAUCAGACUUAUCUCUCGGACCAAAAGAAUGUAUACUUUUACUUGGGUGGCGCUCGGAUGUUGUAGAAAUGAUUGAAGAGUAUGACAAUUAUCUUGGACCUGGAAGUAUAUUGGAAAUUUUAUCAGAUGUACCAUUAGAAAACAGAAAAAGGGCAAGUGAUGGUGCCGGUCAAGGCAAACUCAAAAACGUCCGAGUUUCCCAUAGGAUUGGAAAUCCCAUGGAUUAUGAUACCUUAAAGGAAACUAUUAUCAACAUUCAGAAUUGUUAUAAGAAAUGUGAAGAUAUUCCCUUUUCCAUCGCUGUAAUAUCAGAUAGAGAAUGCCUUAUUGGAGAACCAUCCAGGGCAGAUAAGCAAUCUGCAUUUUCUCUGCUUCUUGCUGAAAACAUCUGCAACAAAUUUGGAGUAAAGGUACAAAAUCUAGUUGCAGAGAUUGCAGAUUCAAAGUUAGGCAAACAGAUUACAAGAAUCAAGCCGACCCUGACUUAUAUAGCAGCAGAGGAAGUAAUGAGCCUCGUCACAGCUCAAGUGGCAGAGAACAGUGAACUGAAUGAGGUGUGGAAAGACAUUCUGAAUGCAGAGGGUGAUGAAAUAUAUGUUAAGGAUAUUGGCCUCUACAUGAAGGAGGGGGAGACACCUUCAUUCUCUGAGCUCUCUGAAAGGGCAUAUUUGCGCGGAGAGGUUGCUAUCGGAUAUGUGAAAGACAAUAAGAAGGUUAUUAAUCCAAUUCCCAAGUUCGAGCCCCUCUCCCUUGGAAUGACUGAUGCAUUAAUUGUUAUAUCUGAGCUUGAAGGGGCACAACCUAUCAUUUAUGAAAUGGAGAAGACUCGACAACAAAUAUGAGAACAAUUACAUAAUGAAAUAAGACAAGCCAUAUAAUCAGCAAUUGAGUGGUGAAGCAGACUCUAUAUCUCAUUCUUGGUUAUUGGAAGAGCCAUGGAUUGGGUGGAGGUAGCUUGAACUCUGGGUCGUGCACUAAGCCAACAUUCCUUAAUUUAAGUUGUUAUAGGGGCUGUCUAAUAUUGAGCCCCCGCAGAGAAAUUAAAUGACAAAAUUUUCCCAACAAAAGUAAAAUAUGGUCAGAUGAGGUUCACUGGAUCAAUGAAUUUUAGCUUUAAUAAUAUUGGAAUUCUCUAUAGAUUAUGAGGUUGUGAAUUUCGAACUUGAGAAACAGUUAUCUAAGACUAAGUGAUGGUGCAUUUAAGCUGAAAAGCAGAGACGUUUCAACGGUUGACAAAUUGUAGAUUUCUAACCUAUGGAACUACAACAUAUUUGGAGGAUCAGUUGGUUUGUAAUUUUUUGACUGUAAUUGUAAUAUGAACAUCUGAGUACAACUAGACAUUGGACAAGCUAGACUGUUGAAGUCUUGUUUUUAUUUUUGUUAUUUGUAUUUAUUCAAUUGCCAGAAAAUUCUGUAUCAUUUGUGAAAAUGAAGCAUAUUACUUUACCUGUAGGGUUUA